CAGGGCAGAGCGGGCGCCUCCUGCUCCUGCUCCUGCUCCUUCCCCGCCCUUGCUAAGCAGCACUCUGGAAAUCCCCGGGGCCCGGCCCGGCCCUUUGUCGCCGCCGGGGGCAGGGCGCGUAGCUCCGGGGCCGGGCCCCGUCCCUGCCUUCGCGCGGGCUUUCACGGCAGCUCGCUGAGACGGGAGGAGGCGGCUGCGGCCCCGAGCCCCCGGCGCCGGGAGCAGGCCCCGCCCCGGCUGAGCAGCCGCCGCGGGGGAGGGGCGCGGCUACAGCGGGCUGGGGGCCGGAGCGGCCGGGGCUGCCGGGUUUCCCCAUCGGCGCUCGCCCCCCUCCGCCUCCGCGCGCCGGCCUCUGGCCCCGAGCCGCUGGCGGGGAAGGGGCCCGGCCGCUGCAGCAGGCGCUCGGAGGCGGCCGCUAAGCGGGAUUUGCAGACAACAGCCCUUCAGGGGCGGUGGGACAGAGAGAUGAAAGACAGCUAGACUAACUUCUGAGAUUUAGUGAGGACUCAUUUUCAGUUUUGACGGCACAAGUAUUUUAGAUUUCCCUAUUCAGUAGUAGUCAGCAUGCUACUAUUCUAUCACAUGUUGGCAUUAGCUUCUCUUCAGAUCUUCAUCCUCUCAGGGAAUUGGGCUCUAGCCAAGAACAUCAACUUCUAUAAUGUGAGACCUCCACUAGACCCCACUCCAUUUCCAAACAGCUUUAAGUGUUUCACCUGUGCAAAUGCAGUUGACAAUUACAACUGUAACAGAUGGGCUGAAGAUAAAUGGUGUCCUGAAAAUACAAAGUACUGCUUGACAGUUCAUCAUUUCACAAGCCAUGGAAGGAGUACAUCUGUGACCAAAAAAUGUGCUACCAGGGAUGAAUGCCGUUUUGUUGGCUGUCACCCACGCAGAGAGACAGGCCGUACAGAAUGCGUUUCUUGCUGUGAAGGGAUGAUCUGCAACAUAGAAAUACCAACCAAUCACACAAAUGCAGUGUUUUCAGUAAUGCAUGCUCUGAGGACAUCAGAUGGCAGCAGGAGGACAAUUAGCAUUCCAGUACUUGCAUCAGUCAUAACAAUUAUGUUGUUAUGAUGCAGCUUUCCAUGUGCCAAAUGUGAUUCAGAAGGAUAAACUUUCAGGGCUCAACAUGAAGCUAUAAGAAGAACGUUUCAGUUUGAAGAAAGUCUCCAGCCCCCUUCAGAUUAUAGAAGAUGGUAGGAAAACAUGGGCAUGCACAUCAUGAAGUUUGUUGAUCAUUUAUUGAAAAUUCUUGCAAAGAAUCUGAAGUAUUUUAAAAAAAAAACAAACUGGUGACCAGACACUAUAGGAAACUUUAACCAGUUAUCUGAAUUCUUCAUUUGGUGGUGGAAGCAUGUGUACACUCUGCACAUUACUUGAACAAGGAAACUGGUUGUCUGUAGGCAGUCAGUUUACCAGGUGAGAUAAAGGGAUACUUCUAGAUGCAAAAGCUGUGCCAAGCUUAUCUCAAGAGAAGCCACUUUUUUUCAUAACUUUGAGUAUUGACUUGUAGUGUUGUAGUCUCUUGUCUGCCUUAUUGAUGAGAAAAUGUUAUGUUUAAGUUCAUCCUUUACAAUUUUCCAUGAACACCAUGUUCACUGAGAACAAGGUGUCUAAGAAAUAGACAAAAGUGCUUUUUUGAAUUCAGUUUUGGUCAGAACUUCCAUGUCCUAUGGAAAAACUGAAAAAUAUUUAAAAAAAAUUUUCUCUCCUAAAAUAACAUUGUGAUCCAUCCUCAGAUUAUAAAAUGAUGAAUCCACCAAAAAAUAAAUAAAAUCCUAACAAAAGAUGACCAACUGCUUAGGCUCCUAUGAGUCUCUAUUUAGGCAUGUAACUAAAAGCAGUCUGAAAGAGUGCUGAGUACCUGUAUCUCCCGUUGUCUUUGAUAGGAUUUGUGGGUGAUCAAUUCUUCCAGAUACCUCACCACUUUAUUUAGGAGCCUAACGUUAGGCACCCAGCUUUGAAAAGUAUGGCUUAAGUUUCUAAAAAUAAUGUUGCCAGUCUUACCCUUUUUUUCCACAGUUAUAGUAGAUUUUUUUGUAAAGCCUGGUUUAUUGCAUAUUUUGACUAAUGUUGCACAUCUGACCAGUUGGAAAAAUAAAAAUGGUAGAAUUUAGGUUACUGUUGCAUGUUACAAAAAAAUCUUUGUUUUCCUUUGUAAGCCUUGCAAUGAACAAUGUGUGUGUCAUAUUUAUGUGUAUUCUCAUCCCUCUGGUUCAAGGGCUGGAUACUUUCAGAUUCACUGUCUCUCUCUUUCACAUGAAGUCAAUUUUGAAGACUGAUGGAGAAUGAUUUCACUUACUUUGUCAGUAUUCGGUCUGAUUUACAACAUAUGCCAAUGUUGACUAUUUUUGUUGUUAAUAUUUUGGCUCAGAUUCUCGGUGCUUGCAAACUCCCUGAUCCUGUGUACCAGCAUACGUCAGCCCUGUCCUGAGCACAACCUCAAGGCUCCCAGGAGUCUCUGGGACCUGUGCUGAUGGUUAUGGAUGGAGGGAAGUUUCAGCCAUGCCUCCUUUUUUGCCCAAGCUUGUGCCCAGAGUCUUCACUUACAGGAUCCACCAUCCCCUUUGCACUGCAGCAUGGUCAUCAGUCUGACCCAUACAGUUUGAACAGAGCACUGUGUUGCAUUUUUUGUUUCAGAAUUUUUUUUGGUACUUUAUUUGUGAAUUCACAGAUGUAACCACUAAUAAGUUAGACUCUUCUGAUUUUUCAUCAUCUUCGUUUUUCAAUAAAGUUUUCUGUGUAAUCAGAAUUGGUUGAAAAAUUGAGGGGGGAAAAAGUUGUGAAAAUUUUGUCCAAAUAUUUUUGUAGGAUUUGUAAUUGAAAUUUUCAGUGCAACAUAAAGAUUUCAUCAAAAAUUGAAUCUCUGAAAAUUUUGACCAACUCUGUAGUUUCAACCUGUGGUGUGUCGAAUCUUUUUUAUUUCUCUCCAGCUUGUUUAAGUACACUUAGCUAUUAAAAUUUUAACUGGCAAUUGGAAAACCUACUUUACUGAUGUUUUCAAGAUUGAUGAUGAUCUACACCAACAAAUAUCCAGAGAAGUUCUUAGAAUGGUGACCCUUUUUCUUCUAUUUUUCCUGUAUGCAAAUAUGUGACAGUCUAAAAUCUAUCUUCAUAAUCUGAUGAAGAGGCACUUACAAAAAAUAAUUAGAGUUUCAAUAAGUUACAGAUGGAAAAGAUCAUUCACUCCCUUCGCUUGCCAAUGCAGGGUUCUUUCCUGCCAUCUAAAUCUAAAUAUUUCAAGCAAUGGAUUUUUGACAUCUUCUUAUGGAAGACCGACUAUUCCAAAGUCCAACAGAUCAAGCUAUAAGGAAGAAUUUCCUAGUAAUGAGCAAAAUGUUUCUUUCUUUAAAGGUAAUGUCUUUUAAUGCUUCUUUAAUUGUUUUAUCAGUCUAGCAGGUAAUGACAGAUGUAGCUGAGAUCACAACACUUUCCAUUAUUAGUUCCUGGUUUUAGGUUUCUGUAACAUUCUCUUUUAGGAUGACAUUUUCAGGACUUGGUUCUCUGCUCGAAGGUGAAUUCUUCAAUAAAAUUAAAGCAAAAUCUUUUCAAUGGUUUUCUGAAUUCUGAAAGCGUGUAAAAAUACACUUUCCUGACUUCUGCCUCUUAACCUGCAUACUCCUACCCCUGGCAGCCCUCCAGGCUUGAGGUGCUCCCUCAAAUUCUGUUCCAGGGAAUGAUUUGUGCAGUUGAAAAUGACAAUAUAAAGCUUAACAAGGCUUGUGGCCUUAGAUGAGUUUACUGUAAAUAGUUUAAGAAGAUCUAAAACUUUAGAUUUGUUUGUUCUGCAAAUAAGAUUCCAAACUACACAACUUGGGAGCAGAGCGAGGAUCUUGAAGUACUGGCCAGAAGGUUGGCCAUGCUGAUGCUACUUUAAGAUUUUCUUGAACUGAUAAGAUUAUCUCCUGUGCAUGCACAGGUGAGGAAUGCAAUUGACAAUAAUAAGAGGCAGUAGUUCCUCAUUGGCAGUCUGAUGCUUGUUGAAUCCGCACAUGUGCAGGCUGCUAAUGAUAUUAAUAGGCUCUAGUUGGCCUUGGUUAAUUGGUGCCUGUUAGUUAUAGAACUGUUUUUUCCCCUAUUAAGAAACUCUAGGAAAUAAAUGCAAAAAAAUGUCAAUUCAAGAUGAGGGUUGCACAAUUAAGCACUCAGAUCAGGAGAUGUGAAAGUUAAGAUUGAUUGUGCAUCAUUGCCUCUGCCAUUUUGCACAUACAUAAAACUUCUAUAUUUGUGAUUGUAUUUUAUCUUGGACAUAUUUGUGAAUCUAAGUUCUUAGAAAAAGAUUGUGUUCUAGUGUGUUAGAGAAAUAGGAUGUGAUUACAUAAUUUAAGACUGCAUCACGAUGGGAUACAGGGGUUUCAUAUUAAAGCUUAGCUUUCACAUUUUUUGACUUUAUAAGGCUUGCAUGUGGAAUCAUGUUAUAUUAAUGUAACAUUUUUGCAUUUAAGAAUAGGUUAAAAUAUGGGCUACGUUCUACCCGCAGUUGUCAAUGUGCAAGUCCUAUUAAUUUCGGUGGGAGCAUCUGGGGGCACCAUUUGACUCUAGGAGUAUGAUUUUCAGUAGCUAGGCAUUACAUGUACUUAAGCACAUAUGAAUGUUCUCCUACCAAACAGGCAUUAAAUGUUAUUGCGCUGCCAUCUGUGAUGGGCUAAAUGUCUUUUGAUGCAGCAAGCAAUCAUUAAAAUCAAUGGGAGCCAUACUCAAGUGCAUCCCAGGACAGAAUGAUCCCUUUGUAUUCUGCUUUGAAAUAAAAUUAAAUAUAUGUUGUGAAAUCCAAUCCAUGAAGUUAUACCAGGGUUGAAUUUGGCCCUUGACUGCUAUGAAGAUUAAGAUACCAUGACCACAAAAUGGUUAUCCAAGAUUGUAACAAAUAGGACCCAAAAAGGAUAUUGCUCUUGUCUUUGAAGUAAUUUGUACAGUUGAGUGAUAAACAGCUUUGUUUAAAUAUUGCAUUUUUACAUUGUACUAGGGACAGUCUAGAGUUGAUUGUUUUUACAAAGUUUGAAUGUAUUUGGAACAAAACAUCUUCAACUAUUCAAUGUUUGUGUCUGUAUCAGUGUUUCUUAUCUCUGUGUUCCUGUUUCAAGCCUCCUUUGAAAAACUGGCACUUUUGAUUAAAGGUAUUAAAAUAUUA